GUAGAAAACAGAAAAAGAGAGAAGAAAAAAACAGGGCAGAAGAAGCAAUGGAGUCAAUCGAUAGUUCAAGUCAAGCAAAAGCUUUCGAUGAAACGCAAAUCGGGGUGAAAGGCCUUGUGGAUUCGGGAAUCAAGGAGAUCCCUGAGAUGUUCCGCGCAACGCAAGCUACCCUAGCUAGCUUUAAAUCUCCACCACCUCCCAAGCAUCUCACCAUCCCCACCAUCGACCUCAAAGGAGGUAGCGUAGUGGAGAAGAUCAGGGGAGCUGCUGAGAGAUGGGGACUAUUCCAGGUUGUGAAUCACGGUAUCCCGGUGGAGGUGCUGGACAGGAUGAUCCAGGGGAUGCGCAGCUUUCACGAGCAAGAACCUGAAGCCAAGAAACGCUUCUACUCUAGGGAUCAUACUAGAGACGUGAUUUACUACAGCAAUUUUGAUCUCUACAACUCAGAGUCCGCCAGUUGGAGAGACACGCUUGGUUGUUAUACCGCACCCGAACCUCCCCUAUUAGAAGAUUUACCUUCAGUUUGCGGGGAGGUUAUCUUAGAGUACUCAAAGGAAAUUAUGAAUUUAGGUGAAUUACUAUUCGAGCGUCUAUCAGAGGCUUUGGGGCUGGACUCUCAUCACCUUAAGGACAUGGGCUGCGCCAAGUCUCAAUAUGUGGCUGGCCAAUACUACCCACCUUGCCCUCAGCCUGAUCUAACUAUAGGCUUAAACAAGCACACCGAUAUUUCCUUUAUCACCAUUCUUCUUCAGGACAAUAUCGGAGGGCUUCAAGUUCUCUAUGACGGCCAGUAUUGGGUUGAUGUUACACCUGUCCCUGGGGCUCUUGUCAUUAACAUUGGAGAUUUUCUUCAGCUUAUAAGCAAUGACAAGUUCAAAAGCGCCGAGCAUAGGGUGAUAGCCAAUGGAUCUUCUGAACCGCGGACUUCAGUGGUAUCUGUUUUCAGCACGUUCAUGAGGGCGUCUUCUCGAGUAUAUGGGCCAAUCAAAAAUCUUGUGUCCAAAGAAAACCCUGCAAAGUAUAGAGACUUCACCCUCACAGAGUUCUCAACCAUCUUUGGGUCAAAAAAGAUCGAUACUCCUAAGUUACACCAUUUCAGGAUCUGAGACCGACAUUUGUGUAUUUUUCCUUUUUUUGUCUACUACUACCAAUGCCAUAGUAAUCUAUCAAACUCUCUUAUAGCAGUUUUCGUGACAAGGUGAAAAAAUAUUUGUAAUAGUCGAAAUAAGGUAGACAUGAAUUAAAGCUGCUACAAUUCAUCUUAAUUGAAGCCAUGAUAUAAUACAAUAAUGUUACACUUUGAA